UUAAAUGAUAAGUUUUAUUUUGGCUUGAAUGUUCUGGAACCCUUAACAAUCUUCUGCUAAUUAAGUCCCGAACGCGAAAUCUUUUUCUGAUAGUUUCGACAAAAACGUUCACACCUCUAGAUUGCAAAAGUUCACUUUGAAGCUCUGGACGAAAUGUUAGUAUUUCUUCUUGCUAUUUGAGCUACAUCCUGUCAUCCUGUCUUUUCUUCUCUUCCACUACUAGGUCUAUUCUUCAGGUUUCCCAAUUUCAGAAACUUUGAAUAGGUUUUUGAAACUACCCCUUGUGUAACCCGCCACCGUUCUUGCAAUCUGCCUUUGGGACGUGCCAUGUUCUGCCAGAGCAAUAAUUCCUUUCCUCUGGAGAACCGUUCCUUAAACAUCAGCAUAUUCUUAAGCAACACUUUGUAUAUGAAUUUAUAUUACUUCCAGAUGAUGGUUGCCAAGGUUAAUUGAAACUGACAAAAGGCAUGAAAUAAAAUUACUUCUAUUGAUUAAUGCUAUUAUUUUAAAUAUCAAAAAUCGUUAACUAGUUUCAGUAAAUCUCUUUAUAUUUUCCAAACAAUUCUCCAUCAUGGCAAAGAAGGAGGUUUCCAUGAGCGUAAUGAGAGAUUUGGUCAGUACGGAUUCCGACACAGAUAUAGGAAGUUCGAAUGAUCUACUCCCAACCACCACUUGGGGUUCCAUAAAAAGAUACUUAUACAACCCAAGCACCGGAACUUGCUGCGAAAGGACAUCAACCCAGUGGAUGACUAUGUUCCUUUAUUAUAUAGGAUAUACCGCAUUCAUAGUAAUUCUAUACUUAGGAUUCCUCUACGGCUGUGUUUACUUUAUCAAAUCUUCAUAUCCAGAUUACGCAAUAAUCGAUAGAGAAAAUCUACUGGAUUCUGCCCAUCCUGGAUUAGGAUUUGUGCCAAAUAUAGUAGUCACAAAGUACCCCAUGAUAUGGUACAGUUCUGAUCCAAUGGAAGAAAAAACAGAGGAGGAAUAUGUGGAAGCUUUAGAUGUAUUUUUCAAGAAAUACAAAGAAGCAAAAAAGGAGGAUUACGAAGACUGCUCUGGAGGUAGAAAAAGCAAGAAGACAUGUUAUUUCGAUCUCAACUUAUUGGAGGAUUGCAACAGUAAUCGAUAUCACUAUUCUAAUUCAUCGUUGUGUUUCUUUCUGAAGCUGAACAGACGUAAACAUUGGAAACCGAUUUUCUUCAAAACAGAGCAAGAUUUACCCGAUGAAAUGUCCCAAUCCAUGAUGGAUCACAUAUUGGCCUCAUCCAACAAAGAUGUUAUAUAUGUUGAAUGUCUUGGUGAGAAUCUUUGGGAUAAUGAACAUAUGGGUGAGAUGAACUACUUCCCCAAGCAAGGUUUCGACGGAUACUAUUUUCCGUAUGAGGGUGAAAUGUCAUGCAAUAUUCUCACCAAGUCCAUUAUGUUUAUGAUAAUUGGAAGUAUGUGUAUAGACCCUAGAUAUAUACAAUAUGAGGUUUCUGCUGCAAGUAAAACUGAUUUAUGUGAAGUUACUCCUGUUAUUCAUGUACUACAAUAUCCUGGUUGUGUACCCAAACCUAUUCCAAGUUUUGCAUGCAUAGGAAGAUGUGGAUCAUAUCUUCAGGUAUCUGGUAGCAAAAUUUGGCAAAUGGAACGUUCUUGCAUGUGCUGUCAAGAAUCUGGCGAAAGGGAAGCUUCAGUUUCCUUGUUUUGUCCAAAGGCAAAGCCAGGAGAACGAAAAUUCUUGAAGGUCACCACAAAAGCUCCGUUGAACUGUAUGUGCCGACCUUGUACUAGUAUUGAGGAAAGUGCUGUUAUACCGCAAGAAAUAGCUGGAUAUGCUGAUGAAGGACCUUUAUCCGACCAUUUUUUGAAGUCCCAGCCUCAAUAACAUGAUUUUUGAACUCAAUCCCUGCCAUAAGAGAUUGUACUAGUAGAUAUAGUUUAAUUAUAAGACAGUGUUUUUGAUGUCCAGCUUAUUA